AUGAUGAUGAUGCACGGACAGCUGAAUAUCAAGAUCGCCCUGAUGCUUGCUUUCGUUGCAAGUUGCAGCGUUGGUACAGUUAUGGCACCUCAACCGAACCUGAACUCAACAACAGGACUCAGUAACAGUACGCGUACGAACAGCUUCGAUGGUUGGAAGGAUCUAUCAAAGAACUGCAGCUUAGGCCUCGGCAACAAGACUACUCAAGCGAAGGAAAACGUAACUUCAACUUCAUUUGAAUGUGCUGAAGUUGGAGAGACAAAAGAUCCAGAAAGUUACAUUUUCGGCAGUGACAUUCGAUAUCUUUGGGUGUUGCACAUUGUGAAUGCCAUUUCAGUCGGAUCGGUUGUGGCGAACAGUUUACCCUUGGCGGCAAUCGUCAAGUACGAGUCGCUGCACAAGCCGGUCUACAUACUGAUGGCCAACAUGGCGGCAAGCGAUAUUGUGGCUGGAUUGAGCUUCAUCUGUACGAGUUUCACCGUCUACUUUUACGCAAAAGCUGGAAUUUAUCCUCCCUUGGCUUGUCUCCGUUUCCUUUUCACCACUGUUCUCCUUUCGGCGCUGUCCUCUGCCUACAGUCUCCUGGCGCUAACGGCCGAGCGCUACUGGUUCAUCGUGCACGGGCUUACGUAUGAGAACAAGGUCACCAACGAUAGAUGCAAGGUUGUGAUCAUCGUCAUCUGGAUGUGGAGCAGCAUCUGGGCGCUGCUGCCUGUGUCUGGAUGGAGCUGUACCUACCCCUUACAGGCAGGGUGUAUCCAAUAUGGCGGAGGGAGUCGGAACAGUUACCUGGUCUUGGUUCUGACUCUCGUUCUUCUCCCGAUGGGUGCGAUCGUUUGCUUUAACCUCGAAGUGUUCCGGUGCUUGUGGCGGCAGGUAAGCGACAUCAGACGGCAGGAGGCCGCGGUCCAGGCCCAGCCUACCGCAAGCAGAAAAUCAGCCAUCACUGUCCUCAUCAUCACUAUCGUGUUUCUGGUGGGUUGGCUGCCUUGGUGCGCGGCAGUGGCCAACAAAGUGGCCUGCAGAGAAGACUGUGGCAGCAUGGAUCCAUCGAUGAUGGUAUUUGUAAUCCUGAACUCGGCGGUUAACCCCAUCAUCUAUGGCUUCCGACUGGAGGAAAUUCGCCGCCACGUGAAGCGUCUCUUCUUCGAACACGACGUGAAUGCAUGGAGCCCUUAA